AAAUGCAUCACAUGACGGACGAAACCAGGAAGUAUUUUGGUUACACAAGGCGGAAGCGUAUAUUUUACCGAAAGUGUUUUAGUUUUAGCAGAAAACGUUGUGAACUUGGAGCGACACGGCUAUUACUCACCAUUCACAGGGCGAAGUGGACAUUGGUUUUUGUAGUCGGUAAACGGGGUCGCUCCACUCGGUUCUUACCGCUGAGAGUUUGGCUCGCCAUCAGCGCCUGUGUCUCCCGACCCCGACCCCUUCCUUACCCUCGUUGACCUGUGCUUUCAGCGCAUCUCUUCCACUUGAAGGCCUCUGUCUCUGUCAAUGGCUGGGCGCGGCGGAGGAUCAACCAGGCCCAAUGGAGCCACGGCAGCAAACAAAAUCUGUCAAUUCAAACUGGUGCUGCUGGGGGAGUCGGCAGUGGGCAAGUCCAGCUUAGUGCUGCGCUUUGUCAAAGGCCAGUUUCACGAAUUCCAGGAGAGUACCAUUGGAGCUGCCUUCCUCACUCAGACCGUCUGUCUGGACGACACCACUGUGAAGUUUGAGAUCUGGGACACAGCUGGUCAGGAGCGCUACCACAGCCUGGCUCCGAUGUACUACAGAGGCGCCCAGGCGGCCAUCGUGGUUUAUGACAUCACCAACACAGACACUUUUGCACGAGCAAAGAACUGGGUGAAGGAGCUGCAGCGGCAAGCCAGUCCCAACAUCGUGAUCGCUCUGGCUGGAAACAAGGCUGACAUCGCAAACAAGAGAGCUGUAGACCUGCAGGAGGCGCAAACAUACGCCGAUGACAACAGUCUACUCUUCAUGGAGACGUCAGCCAAGACUGCGAUGAAUGUCAACGAAAUCUUCAUGGCUAUUGCAAAGAAGCUACCGAAGAGCGAUCCUCAGGGGGGAGCCGGCCAGGCGGGGCGGACCCGGACAGGAGUGGAUCUACAGGAAACUGCCCCUCAGAGCCGCAGCAGCCAGUGCUGUGGCGGCGGCAAUUAGCACAAAAGGAUGAACUUAGUGAGCGAGCCCUGAACAUCGUUUUAAGGACGGCACGUAGCUAAAAACCCAGAGAGGCAGGAGAGGGCAGAGCCAUUCGCCACCUCUGCACUUAAACUGAGAUUACAGAUGCGAUUAUCUGGAUCCUCUUUCAUUAAAGGAACUUUCUUUUCUUUUAUUAAGAAUCAUAAGCUAGAGGGAAUUACCAAGACCUUCACUAUUUCCCUGUCUCCCCCCUCCCGCCCCCCGUGUAUCUGUCUAUCUACCUCCCUGUUUAUCUUCAGCCUCUUGUCUCCGCUGAUUGAAUUCUGUCUGAGAGGAUUUUUUUUUUUUGAUGGGUGAUGCUGAGGUUGUUUCCCUUUCUUUGUUUGAGUGCGUGUCCGUGUGUAUGUAUAGUACAUAUCUGUACUGUAUAUUGGAAGUUUACUUUUCUACUCUUGUCAUUUCCCUCUACAUUGAUCAUCAUUAUGAAAGAACCCAACUACUAAAGCUCAAAUCGCAGAGGUCAGUGAUUUGUCGUAUUGCAGUUAAGAGAACAGCAUCUCUUUGUUGUUGGGCACCUGGACUUGUCACAGUUGUGAGGAAAGAUCUACUUUGCUUAUUGAAGCAGGUUGUGAUUAAAUAGGCUACACAUCUGAAGAUGUUUCUGAACUGUGCAACAAAUGCAGUUGUUUGCAUUCAUUGUGUAUCGAUUACCUGUAACACCAGAGAGUUGUUAGCCUUUUUUAAAAGAAAGUAAAAAUAAAGUGUAAAUUGGACAAAAAUUAAAUAAAAGUAAUUAACAUGCACAAA